UGAAGAGGAGCAGAAAGGACUGGGUAAAGGGGCAGGACAGAAAGAAGGGCCAAAUUAGAGGGAGAAUUCCGUCAUUUGGUCGGAUGAGAGAGAGAUCUUGGCAACACGGCAGGAGGCCAGGCAUAGAGCGGCAGUAGGAGCAGCGCGAGGGAGAGAAAUGGGAAAAUAAAAGAAGGCCAAGAUUUUUCUUGGCGAUAAAAGGGGCCAGGGAUUAAUGCCAAGGCAAGAGUUUGCAGCGCGAGGGAGAGAAAUGGGAAAAUAAAAGAAGGCCAAGAUUUUUCUUGGCGAUAAAAAAGGCCAGGAUUAAUGCCCAGGCAAGAGUUUGAAGCCUUCCUUUCACUAGCUUCCAAAUCCCUUCCUCGAGCGAUUUGAUCGCGGAGAUCGAUGCCCCUCCCAAUUUUUUAGCUCCAUUUCGCCCCAGAAGUCCGUUUUUGUUUGCGAUCUUUCGAAUUCUUUGGACCAUCGGGCGAGAGAGGGGAAGUGAAAAAGGCAGGGAACCGGGGAGCUGGCGAUCGCUGUAGAGAGAUUUGUCGCUUGGAUUUGACGGCGUUUUCGAUGCUUUUCAUGUCACGGAGGGAAUUCAGGACCUUGCUUGCUGUUUAUAAGGACGCUGAAUUGAUUUCUCUGUUUCCAUUGGGUUCAAGUGAGACAGCCAUGGCUCUUCCUUGCGCCUUCCAAGACGAAGAAGAGGAGGAGGUGUUUUUCGACUCGAGAGAAGACAUAUCGUCUGUCUCCGAUUCGUGCCCCAGCAGCCCGGCAGUCCAUGAUUCGUGUCCGGAAGGAAGUUUCGAUGGGCCCUCGAGCGACCCUUGGUACCAGGUCUGGGUCCAGAAUCCUGAUAGCAUACAGGAGCGGCGAGAUAGGUUCAUGAGAUGGAUGGGUCUGGAUCCGGUUCACAAUCCCCGUCGAGACUCUGCCGAUCAUGGCCGGGAACUCAAGAUGGACGGUGAAGUUAUGCCGGAAAUCGAUAGAAUUAUGUUGGAUGGGGGAGCGGUGCUGAGGAGCUCUGCUUCAGAGUAUGGGUCUUCUUCGGCGUCCAGCAGGUACAGUGAGGGCGCAAGUACAUCCGAUGAUGGGGCCUCGGAGGAGAAGUCCAGGUACAGAGUUAAGAAUUUGGAUGAUGGCAUGAUGUUUGUCGCAGAUGAGUUGGGUAAAGAUGGUAGCUUUAGAAGCCUUCAUGAAGUUGGUUCGAAUCAGAUCACGUCGCUCCAUGAGUUCGAGAGAAGCUUUGGUCUGCCAUCUUUCAUCCAGCAGCUUAUGCGGCGAGAGGAUAAUGCAUCAAGCAAUUCCAACAAGACUAUGGGGAGGAGAAGGAUUGGGUGGUUGCAGAGAUUGGGCGCUGUGGCUUGCAUUGUAGAUAGGCAAAUGGAGGAGAAUAAUUCAUGUAUCUCUGGUUCCGAGCAGAGCGGCUGUGGUCGGAUUCAGAGAGUUAAAGUCCGUCCGUAUAGGAAGCGAUCAAAGGAACUAUCGGCGGUCUACAAGGGCGAAGACAUCAAAGCCCAUGAAGGCGCAAUCUUGACUAUGAAAUUUAGCCCCAAUGGCCAGUAUUUAGCCAGUGGAGGUGAAGAUGGAGUCGUGCGUGUGUGGCGUGUGAUGGAAUGUGAACAAAAUGAGGAAAGUGACUUUCCUGAGGAUGAUCCCUCAUGUGUAUAUUUUUCGGUGAACCAUAAUUCUGAAUUAGCUCCCCUCUAUGCUGAUAAGGAGAGAAAGGCUAAGUUGAGGAGCAUGAAGAGGACUUCGGACUCAGCUUGUGUUCUCAUUCCUCCAGAGGUUUUUCGGAUAUCUGAGAAACCACUGCAUGAAUUUCGUGGACAUGAUGGUGAUGUGUUGGAUCUUUCUUGGUCAAAAAAUAAUAAGUAUCUCCUGUCAUCAUCCAUAGAUAAAACUGCCCGUCUGUGGCAAGUUGGAUGCAAUAGCUGCUUCAAAGUUUUUUGCCACAGCAAUUAUGUGACAUGUGUUCAAUUUAAUCCUGUCGAUGAGGAUUAUUUUGUCAGUGGCUCUAUAGAUGGAAAAGUUCGUAUCUGGGAAAUUCCAGGAUGUCACGUAGUGGAUUGGACUGAUACUAGAGAAAUAGUCACUGCUGUCUGUUACCGGCCUGAUGGAAAGGGAGUUGUAGUUGGCACUUUGACAGGAGAUUGUCGCUUUUAUGAUGCAUCAGAUAAUCAUCUACAGCUGGAGGUUCAGGUCCCCCUACUGGGUAAAAAAAAGCCUCCUUUCAAGAGGAUAACUGGCUUUCAGUUUUGCCCAAGUGAUCAUCAAAAACUACUGGUCGCUUCUGCUGACUCACAAAUUCGAAUUCUUGAUGGGUUUGAUGUUGUCUCCAAAUACAAGGGUCCGCGGAAUGGUGGAAGUCAGAUAUCUGCAUCCUUCACUGCAGAUGGACGGCAUAUCAUUGCUGCCUGCGAGGACUCUAAUGUCUAUGUAUGGAACCAUGCUAACCAGGAACUGCCAUCCUCCAACCACUUAAAGAGCACAUGGUCUUGUGAGCGUUUCUCCUCCGACAGUGUAUCUGUUGCAAUACCUUGGCAUGGCCUGGGAUGUCGAAAUCCAGUCUCUGUCACCUUCGAGGUUCUCCCCUCACAUGAAGAUGUCUCCCUGGACCAAGCUGGAACCACAGAUAACAGUUCUCGUCUUGGUGAAGAUUCUUUUGGCAACAACACACUCCAUCUGUCGCCUUCCGGUAGUUUCACUCUGCGCCAUGAGUUCAUCUCAGAGUUUCUUCCCAAGGGCUCCGCGACAUGGCCUGAGGAAAAGCUUCCCUCAAGCUCCAUGACAACAUCUACCUUGUGUAAAUCCCAGUACAGAUUCCUAAAAUCCUCUUGCCAGAACACCUCCCAUGCAUGGGGUCAAGUUAUAGUUACUGGUGGAUGGGAUGGGAGGAUCAGGUCGUUCCAGAAUUAUGGAUUACCGGUACAGUUAUAACAUGAUAUAGCCUUCACACUCUCAGUCUCAAUCAUAUCAUUUGGCUUGGCCGCAAGCUCCUAGCAGAAGCUUUUGGUGGCACCCCCUAUACACUGUAGCUGGGUUUUGGCUCAGUGGAUGCUGCUGGUCCAGUUUGGAGUGACACCGUACGAAGCUUCACAUGUUGGGUGCUCCUGCGGAAUAGUGCGUGGGCCAGAGUUCAUGUAUUGAAGUGGUCCUCCGAUACCCCGUCAGCAUUGAGACAGAUGAUGGCAGGCCCAGGAGGCUUGAGUUCUGCGCAUUGUAUACGUGGUGUUUGAGAGUUUGGCGUUUCCUUUUCUUUCAGCUUUGGGACCCUGACGGGGUUUCGGAGAUGCACCGCAAACAAAUUAAGACAAAGUGGUUGGCAAAGCAUGCCUAUCGCCUUGAGCGCAGAGAGGGCGAGUGGGACCGGAUAAAUUGUAUUGCCGGAUAGAGAAAUUCCAUUUAAUUGUAUAGAUUCUUUCGUUUAUUCAUAUGUAGAUGCCCAUGCUGGAUUGCCAAGAGACAAAAAAAAAAAAAAAAAGAAAGAAAGAAAAAAAAAGAAAAAAAGACUGUUCUGUGUGAAGUUGUGUUUGUGUGGUGGGAUAGCUUAUUGAAGGGGAUGAGCUGAAAUUGGUGGUGGUGGUGGUGGUUUUGUUUAGGAGGCCUAACCUUUUGGACACUUAGUGCUUUUUCUGAUGCUUGGGGAUAUUGUGAUCGAUCUAUAUGCCGGAGAUCUGCCACGUCUGGUGGAUUCUGGUUGGGUCUUGGUGACUUUGGGAAGUGAAAUAGGAUGAUGGUUGAUACGCUGGUCUUGUGAGUUCUCAUCUGUUUUAUGGACUCAUUUUAUUGCAGGAGGGGCUGGAAGAAAGUGAAGGGAUUGGUACCACAUUAAGUCACUUUGGCCUUGGUCUCAACCUCCACGGCUCUAUCCAGCCGAGACAGGGACCAUCCAACAUUGUGGCAUUCUAAAAAUGAAUUAUUAUGAGAGACUAGGACAUGAAACAAGGCAAUCUAUGAGAUUGACAAUUAAAAGAGAAUGGUUUCGAGUUC